UUAAUAAUGUGGGUGGGAAAAAUGUGAAAGGGGAAAAGGGAAAUAUGUAUUUGUGGAGGCCGGCUAGGGAUUCAUUCAAUGCAAUAUUACAAAGAGAAAGAGAUGAGAUCCGAUGAAGUUACGGAAGGUGAUGUCGGGUUGUUGGGUGAGCCCUAAGCCAAGCCAACUAGCCAAGGACUCUCAAACUCUGUCAUGUCGACCGCAUCUAUGGCGAUGCACUGAAUGCCACCCCACGGCCCUCUUCGAGAUGUGGCUGCAGCGGGAUGCCGCUAGGGUUAAAGCUCUCUCCAAGGCUGCCACCGUCUCCCGCCGCGCUAGCAGCCGCGGAGCUGACUUCAGCAACUCCGUCAUCCUCGAGCUCUCUCAGACUUAAAAUAAUUCAAUGAUUUUACAGAGUCCAUGAAUUCUAAAAAAUCUAUCAGAAUCUAUUAAAAUCUAGAUUGAAUAUACCCCCUAAACUUUCAAAUGAAUUACUCCGUAGUUUUUUUUUUACAAUAACAAAAAGCCCAAAAGUUUGGCCCAAAUAGUUUGAUGUAGUGAAUGAACAAAAAGUUUGGGCCAAAUAGUUUCUCUGGCGUGUUAGGCUGUAUGGGGGGAUGUAAUUAAAUUUGAUGUAGUGACUGAACAAAUGAACGAUCCAAAUACAUCAACCCUCUCAAAACUCAUUGUAGAAUAAUCAAGUACUCAUUUUUGAGUAACUGAAUAUUCAUUUUUUUAGUAACUAAAUGUUCAAUUUCGAGUAACUAAGCAUAACUGGAUUUUAGAAAAAUGAGAAUUUAGUUAUUGAGAAUGAAUACUCAUUUGUUCGAAAAUGAGCCUUCAAUUACUCGCAAAUAAACACUCAUCGUGGAUGUAUGUGAAACACCGUGCGACCGGUUUUAUGAUAUACAUUGCGUCUCAUGGAAAUGUACCAACUAAAUAUUGAAUGGUUAU